AUGAAUAACAAUGAAGAUCCAUUUCAACAGGUAGUCAAGGACACCAAAGAGCAACUGAAUCGCAUAGAUAACUAUAUAACCCGUCAUAGCACUGCUGGUGACGACGAUCAAGAAGAGGAAAUACAGGAUAUCUUAAAGGAUGUAGAGGAAACAAUAGUGGAUUUGGACAGAAGCAUAAUCGUGAUGAAAAGAGAUGAAAGCGAAGACGUGAGCGAUAGAGAAGUACAGGUCAAAAACAUAAAACAGCAGCUCGAUUCUUUGAAGUUUCGUUUUGAUCAAAGGAUGCAGGAAUCUACACAGACUGCUAUACCCCUGAAAGAAUCAGAAGAAAAUUCAACAAUCUCCAAUGGUGCGACUGAGAAUAAUGACGGUGGUAUGUCCAAUCCAUUUCAAGAGCAGAUGUUAAGGGAACAAGACGUUCAUUUGGAUGGUAUUCAUAAGACAAUGCAGAAUCUGCAUGUUCAAGCUCAAACAAUGGGAAAUGAGUUAGAAAAUCAGGGACAACUGUUGGAUAAUAUGGACGAAGGUAUGGACACUGUCGUAAAUAAGCUGGCCAGAGGCCGCAGACAAUUAGAAUGGGUAUAUGAGAAAAACAAAGAAAAAUAUGACGAUUGCUGUAUAGGACUGCUUAUUGUGGUUUUGAUAAUUUUAUUAGUUUUGGCGUUCAUUGCUUAA